AUGCUCGGCGACAGCUUCAGCACGAAUAGUUCGCCACCGUGCUUCGCCGACACGAUUGUCGAGUCGCCUCAAGCCGAGUCUCCGUCGCGCGACCCAUCAACGCGACUCUCCCCAGUCGAUUCUAUCGCGAAUCGUAGGCUGGGCGUCGCGAUCUCGUACGCAAUCGCCAUCUUUCCAAACACGGCGGAGAACGAAGGCGAGCUCGACGUUGCAGUCGGCGGCGCGUUCGUCGUGUUUCCACAAUCGUCGUCGUGGUGGAUCGCGCAGCGAGAUGCCACCGGGAAGGGCAUCUUCGACGGGGGCGAUGCAAAGCAGGGCUGGGUGCCAGCGGGCUGCUUUUUGACGCUGAGCGUGCCAGUAGCGACAGCGGUCGCGGAGGCGCGAGAGCGGCGAUCUCCUGGGCGCUCGGGCCGGUCGUCGUCCUCUCUUGCGAGGACGGGCUUGACGAAUGACCCGAUACUGCCGAUGAGGAUCGAAUCGAAGUGCUUGCCCGGGGUGAUACUAGAGGACUAUAAGAAACGCGAGGCGCAUGAGUUGGAGGUGGCGAGGGAUACGGCUGUGCUGAUAUAUAAGCGAUACGGUCACUGGUCGUAUGCGGUCAAGCUAGUAUCUGGCGAGCGUGGAUGGCUUCCGUCAUGGUACAUAGGGAAAGUGACCGUGGAAGGCCAACGUAACGGCGAUGCGUCGCUGACUUUGCCCCUUACUCCGAGAAUCCAGGGAGGCGACGAUGAGGACGGGUACUGGGACGUGAUUGACUGGCAGAUGCCCGUCGUCCCGAGCACGCCACUCUUCGUCGAAUCAUCCGUCGCCCCCAUCGUCGGGAGCACGCGCUCUGCGGCCUCGUCGCGAAUCAUUGUAACGGGAAAGGAGAACCUGAAGGCGGAGGUGACGCGCACGGCGCGGGUUGCGAAGAGAGCAGUGCUCGUGCCGAGCGCGAAGAGCACGAGGAAAGCUAGGAGGGAGUUUUCGAUCACUUCUGCGCAGGUGUUGUUGAGUGCUUGA